UAUAAGAGCUUGCUGCCGGGUCCGCUCUCUUCCAGCUGCUCCUCUCGGGUGCCCCCUCGCCCGGCCCCUGGGCUCCCUGCGCUCUAGAACGACCGAGUCACCGCCUUCUCAGCAACCUUGACUGCCGACACCAUGACAGAUCAGUCCUUUGUGACAUUGUCAACAAAUGAUUCCUAUGCCAAAGGAGCCUUGGUGCUCGGCUCCUCCCUGAAACAACACAGAACAACGAAGAGGUUAACUGUACUGAUAACUCCGCAAGUCUCAGAACCUAUGAGGAAAGUUUUAGAGAAGAUUUUCGAUGAAGUCAUCAUGGUCGACAUCUUGGACAGCAAGGAUUCGGCUCAUCUAACCUUAAUGAAAAGACCUGAACUGGGUGUCACAUUAACCAAACUCCACUGCUGGUCACUAAUUCAGUAUUCAAAAUGUGUGUUCAUGGAUGCAGAUACUCUGGUACUGACAAAUAUUGAUGAGCUUUUUGAGAGAGAAGAGCUAUCAGCAGCACCAGACCCAGGGUGGCCAGACUGUUUCAAUUCUGGAGUCUUUGUUUAUCGACCUUCCAUUGAAACAUAUAAUCAGCUGUUGCAUAUGGCUUCUGAACAAGGCAGCUUUGAUGGUGGGGACCAGGGUUUGCUGAACACCUUCUUUAGCAGUUGGGCAACAACAGAUAUCCGAAAGCACCUGCCAUUUAUUUAUAACCUAAGCAGCAUUUCUAUAUAUUCCUACCUCCCAGCAUUUAAAGCGUUUGGAGCAAAUGCAAAAGUCGUGCAUUUUCUGGGACGAGUCAAACCGUGGAACUAUACCUACGACCCCAGAACGAAAAGCGUCAGGAGCGACAUUCAUGACCCCACUGUGGUCAACCCACAGUUCCUCACCAUGUGGUGGGACAUCUUCAGCACCAGCAUUUUGCCUUUACUCCAGCAGUUUGGAGUCGUUAAAGACACCUUCACAACCCUUAACGCGGAGGAAGUCACAGAUGCAAUCUCACAUAUGUCCAUUGGGAACCUCAGCCCUCCACCUCAACCGUUUGUGUCAUCAGAUGAACGCAAAGAGCGGUGGGAGCAAGGCCAGGCUGAUUACAUGGGAGCAGAUUCCUUUGACAAUAUCAAGAGGAAACUGGACACUUAUCUCCAGUAAAAACACCCUCUUUUCCCUGUGCAAACAAACACCGGCUACACAGGACUGGUUCCAGAUAACUUAGCAUCUAGAAGAGUGUUUAAGUAUGGUCCGUUACAGUUGCUAGUGGCUUUGACUCAAGCUCCUCAUUUGAAGGUUUAUAGUUCUAAAGGGGAAAACUGGACAAAAGUCAAGAAGUAAAAAGCUCAUUUUCUGGUCAAAUAAUUGCGGAGUGUCUCCUCACACGAUCAUUCAGAGGAAAUUUAAGAAAUUUUUCUAUUUAAUGCCAAUUACCAAUAGAUAUCAUGAGAGGGAAUGAAGCCAUUAAACUAAGCCUCAGCUCCUCAAGCCUGAAGAGGUGGGCUCUGAUCAGUUCCCCUUUUAUCUUUAUAAAGAUAAAUGGGAAUGGUGCCAAUAUUUGCCUUGAUGUCUUUCUUGUAGUAGAUAUUUCAAGAUCGAUCCAAGACUUUCCUAGUGGUCCCAAUUCUUCAUUUAUGGAAAAACAAUGUAACACUGUCAAAUUGAGUCACAAAUGUCAUAACUGCUAUCACACAGGGUGGCAUCCUUUUUCUCUCUCUCUAAGAAACGGAAGAUUUUUUUCUUUACCAGUUUUCUUUGUACAGUAAGGUAGCAUGCUAGAAGGCAGGUCUAUGUGUUUUGGGGAUGAGAGUGGGUUUUCCGAAUGCUUACCUCCAGUGGCACUAUGUAAAAAAAAUAAACACUUAACGGUGAA